AUGACUCUCCUCAAACCUGUGCUCAAGCCUACCGGCGCAUCUGAUCCCAUCCUUACUACCAUCGUACAAGAAGACAAGGUGCCAUGGUACAAGAAGCCAAAUCUGAGAUAUCUUUAUUUCAUGCUCUUCCCAACUUGUAUGGGCAUUGAAUUGACCUCUGGCUUUGACUCUCAAAUGAUAAACGCUCUGCAGAUUGUGCCUUACUGGAUCAAAUACUUUAACAACCCACAAGGCUCUCUAAAAGGCAUUAUUGCAGCCGCUUACUCGCUGGGAGCGAUUCUCUCUCUGCCUUUUAUUCCGAUUGUCAAUGAGAAAUUUGGCCGCCGCUGGUCCAUCUUUGGUGGCUCUGUUAUCAUGUGCGGUGGCGCAAUUCUACAAGGCUGUGCGCAGAAUGUCGCCAUGUAUAUUGUUGCCCGUGGUAUCCUCGGGUUUGGCAUCCCGACCUGCAUUGUAUCAGGAUCAUCGUUGAUCGGUGAACUGGGUUAUCCUAAGGAGCGACCAAUUCUUACCUCAUUGUUCAACGUCGCCUAUUUCGUCGGUUCAAUCGCUGCAGCUGGAAUCACUUUCGGCACCAACAGUAUUGCAAGCAACUGGGCAUGGCGUAUCCCGUCUAUCCUGCAAAUUGCUCCGUCACUCCUGCAAAUUGUAUUUGUCUUUUUUCUACCUGAGAGCCCUCGCUGGCUGGUCACGAAGGAUCGAGCAGAAGAGGCCUACGAAAUUCUCGUCAAAUACCACGCCGAAGGCGAUCACGAUUCCGAGUUUGUUCGGGCUGAGAUGGCUCAAAUAAGGACUACUAUCCACCUCGAACUCGAGGUAUCGAAGCAAAGCUGGCUCUCAUUCCUCAAGAGUUCAGGAAUGCGACGAAGAGCAUUUAUCUCCGCAUUUUUAGGAUUAUUUACACAAUGGUCUGGCAACACACUCAUCUCCUAUUACCUCGGCGACCUCCUGCAAAUGAUUGGAAAGACAGAUUCGAUAUUUAAGCAAAAGCUUAAUGUAGGAUUAAGCUGUUGGGGUCUUGUCUGUGGUUUUACAGCUGCCAUGCUUGUUACUCGGUUCAAGCGGCGAGCUAUGUACCUUGCGUGCACAAUCAGUUUGCUUAUUGUCUAUAUCGCUUGGACCAUCUCUAUGCAACAGAGUAUGGAAGCAAGAGACGCUAAUCGAACCAAUUCCGCAGCUGGUGUGGCUACUAUCUUUUUCAUCUUUGCCUACACGCCCUGCUACAACCUUGGCUAUAAUGCUCUCACAUAUACAUAUCUUGUGGAGUUGUGGCCAUAUGCCGAAAGAUCCAGAGGUAUCGCACUCUUCCAGUUGUUUGGCCGCCUAGCGGGCUUUUUCACAACAUUCGUCAACCCAAUUGGCCUGCAAAAUAUCAAAUGGAGGUGGCUCAUCACCUACUGCUGCUGGCUAGCAUUUGAAGUAUGCUUCGUCUGGUUUUUCUUCCCUGAGACGGCAAACAGGACUUUGGAAGAGUUGGCCUUCUUAUUCGAAGAUAAGGCUUUGGCAGAUCAGGCAGUCCUCGCCGUGGAGAAGGUUGUGCACCACGAAGACAUGAAUCCUGUCUCAGGCUCGCCCAAGCAUGUCGAGGCUGGCAACGUGGAUAUGGUAGAGACCAUUGCAAAUCAUGGAAACCCGCCACCGAGCAAGGUCUAG